GGUUGUCAUACACAGUUACUGUCACUGAAAGGGAGUUCAUGGGACUUUGCCCAGUUUCCAAGUAUGAAAGUAAGUCUUUGGGCACCAUCUCUGCAGUGACACACCAUGGCGUCCACUGAAGAGACAGCAGAACCCACGAUACGCCAGAGAAAGACCAACCAAACUCAGGAAAAAGCCUUUAAACAGCACGAUGGUGAUGUGUCCGAUAACAUAACAGGUCUAAUAAAAUGGAAGAGACACAUGGAGGAAGUAAAAGCAGAACUUGUGGAGGACAUGAACUGCCACCUGAGGAUUCUCCUGGAUAAAGCCAUGACAGAAGCUGUGGAGUCCUACACAAAGGAGGAUGAGACUGUACCAUCUGGUUUAAAAAAGAGACCCCGUGGUUCACUAACAGAUAGAAGGAAAGUGUUUCUGCAUCAGGCAUCAAUACUGGAUGAAUUAAUGGAGGUGGAACACUUCCAAACCAUCUACCACAUGUUUGUGGCUGCUCUUCUUGUUUUUGUGAUCAGCACAGUUGCUGUGGAUAUUAUUGACCAGGGGAGGUUAGUUCUGGAGUUUGAUCUCCUGUUUUAUUCAUUUGGGCAGUUUGGGACUGUGGUUUGGUCAUGGAUCUGCCUGUUCAUAUAUUCGCUCCUGGUGCCCUACAAAGUGUUGUCUUUCUGGGGCUCCUGGUAUCACAAGUCAAAGCACAAGCUCCUGCUAUCCACCUGUCUGGGGACAUUCCUGCUUGUCAGCCAGACGUGUGUACUCUGCAUUUUCCCCAUCUAUGUGGUAAACCAUUACCGGCUGCCUCCAGCUUCGAGCUUAAUCGUCAUUAUGGAACAGGUUCGCUUCCUAAUGAAGACUUACUCUUUUUGUAGAGAGACAAUUCCAGUUGUGCUACAGGAUGAAAGUAAAGAGAAAAAUGCCAAGACGCCUUCACUUUCUAGUUAUCUUUAUUUUCUCUUCUGUCCAACCCUGGUUUACAGAGACAGCUAUCCCAGGACACCAUACAUAAGGUGGAAAUAUGUGGCUAAGAACUUUGCCCAGUUUCUUGGCGGUAUGUUUUUUGGGUACUUUAUCAUGGUCACACUCUGCAUCCCGGUAUUCAAAAACAUGAGCAAGCAGCCAUUCAGUACCAAGACCUUGGUGCUUUCCAUCUUCCAUGCCACCCUGCCUGGUGCCUUUGUGCUGCUAAUCUCAUUCUUUGGAUUUCUGCACUGCUGGUUGAACGCAUUUGCUGAGAUGCUCCGCUUUGCAGAUCGCAUGUUUUAUAAGGACUGGUGGAAUUCCAAGUCCUUCUCCAACUACUACCGCACAUGGAAUGUGGUCGUCCAUGAUUGGUUGUAUUAUUAUGUCUACCAGGAUCUGCUAUGGCUGCUCAAGAAGCGUUUUCGCACAGGAGUGACGCUGGCUGUAUUCCUGAUCUCUGCCACUGUACAUGAAUAUGUUUUAACAAUGUCUCUUGGUUUCUUUUACCCGGUCAUGUUCUGCCUUUUUGCUCUUUUUGGAGUCAUAUUUAAUUUCAUGAUGAAUGAUAAACGGACCAGCCCAAUUUGGAAUGUGAUGUUAUGGACCUUCCUCUUCAUUGGUCAGGGGAUCCAGCUGUGCUUAUAUUGUCAGGAGUGGUACGCCCAGAUCCACUGCCCCCUCACAGAGAAAACAUUCUGGGGACUGGUUACUCCACGCUCAUGGUCAUGCCGUUUAUGAUUGGGACUAUAGUAGCUGCUUAACAAUAUAUCUCUAUCUCCAAACAUCUGUGAUGACCACAGUAUGUUCUAAUGUUCUUCCAGAUAUAGGAAACUGACAUCCGAGAGGCUGAAA